AUGGGACUAAGCAGAAAUAAGACUACUCACGGGGCUUUUGUGUUUGGACAAGACGGCUCCUUCAAAUCCGUCAAACUUGGAGAAGCUCUCAUACUCGAAACCCGUUGCCCCAUCACCAACAACAUCCGUAAAGGUGCUCGUCCCCCACUUGUUUGCUCUUCCUUUUAUCGUCCAAGCUUAGUGCAAGUCGAGCAACCGAGUCUUGUGCACAAAAGGAAACGCAUGUCUCCAUCUGCUGCUCAGAGAUCAAGUGUUAAAUUGAGUAAACGCAUGUCUCCACCUUCUCAGUUAAAUUUGAGGAAUUCAUAUCAAUAUAUUCCAAGCUAUUUCUGUUAA